GCCCGAAUGCGGCUGGGCCGGGGUCGGUCCUCGCUCUCCGUCAGGCGACGGAGCCCUAUGUGAGGAAGCUGGAGGCGGGCCGAGGUGGGAAGAUGACCUCGAGGAGAUGGUUUCACCCAAAUAUCACUGGCGUGGAGGCAGAAAACUUGCUCCUGACCCGGGGAGUCGAUGGCAGCUUUCUGGCCCGGCCUAGCAAAAGCAACCCGGGAGACUUCACUCUUUCUGUUCGGCGGAAUGGAGCCGUCACCCACAUCAAGAUUCAGAAUACUGGGGACUACUAUGACCUCUAUGGAGGGGAGAAGUUUGCCACCUUGGCGGAGCUGGUCCAGUACUACAUGGAACAUCACGGGCAGCUGAAAGAGAAAAACGGGGAUGUGAUCGAGCUCAAGUAUCCGCUCAACUGUGCUGACCCCACAUCUGAAAGGUGGUUUCACGGGCACCUUUCUGGGAAAGAAGCCGAGAAACUGUUAACGGAAAAAGGGAAACACGGGAGCUUUCUCGUUCGUGAGAGCCAGAGCCAUCCCGGAGACUUUGUCCUUUCUGUCCGGACGGGGGACGAUAAAGGAGAGAGCAAUGAUGGGAAAUCAAAAGUGACCCAUGUCAUGAUCCGGUGCCAGGAUCUGAAGUAUGAUGUUGGAGGAGGGGAGAAGUUUGAUUCCCUGACGGACCUCGUUGAGCAUUAUAAGAAGAACCCCAUGGUGGAAACCUUGGGGACAGUCCUUCAGCUCAAGCAGCCCCUCAAUACCACCCGCAUCAAUGCAGCAGAGAUUGAGAGCCGAGUUCGAGAACUGAGCAAGCUUGCAGAGACCACCGACAAAGUGAAGCAGGGGUUUUGGGAAGAAUUUGAGACUCUGCAGCAGCAAGAAUGCAAACUCCUGUACAGUCGCAAAGAGGGACAACGGCAGGAGAAUAAGAACAAGAACAGAUACAAAAACAUUUUGCCCUUUGACCAUACCAGAGUUGUCCUACAUGACGGUGACCCAAAUGAACCCGUUUCGGAUUACAUAAACGCCAAUAUUAUCAUGCCCGAGUUUGAAACCAAAUGCAACAGCGCGAAGCCCAAGAAAAGCUACAUCGCCACCCAAGGCUGCUUGCAGAAUACUGUGAACGACUUCUGGAGGAUGGUGUUCCAGGAGAACUCGCGCGUGAUCGUCAUGACGACAAAAGAAGUGGAGAGGGGCAAGAGCAAGUGUGUGAAAUACUGGCCAGAUGAGCAUGCUCUGAAGGAAUAUGGUGUUAUGCGCGUCAGGAAUGUCAAAGAGAGCGCAGCUCAUGAUUACACCUUACGAGAACUCAAACUUUCAAAGGUCGGGCAAGGCAACACGGAGCGAACAGUUUGGCAGUAUCACUUCAGAACCUGGCCUGACCACGGAGUCCCCAGCGAUCCUGGUGGCGUCCUGGAUUUCUUAGAAGAGGUUCACCACAAGCAGGAGAGCAUAGCAGAUGCUGGCCCAGUUGUGGUCCAUUGCAGUGCGGGAAUUGGUCGAACUGGAACAUUCAUUGUGAUCGAUAUUCUCAUCGACAUAAUCAGAGAGAAAGGCGUGGACUGUGACAUCGAUGUUCCCAAGACUAUUCAGAUGGUGAGGUCCCAGCGGUCUGGGAUGGUGCAGACCGAGGCACAGUACCGGUUUAUUUACAUGGCGGUCCAGCACUACAUUGAAACCUUACAGCGCAGGAUCGAGGAGGAGCAGAAAAGUAAAAGAAAAGGACACGAGUACACCAACAUUAAAUACUCCUUAGCGGACCAGGCAAGCGGAGACCAGAGUCCCCUCCCGCCCUGUACUCCUACUCCCACCUGUCCUGAGAUGAGAGAAGAGAAUGCCAUGAGGGUGUAUGAAAAUGUCGGUCUGAUGCAGCAGCAGAAGAGCUUCAGAUGAUGAGCCCGUGCGAAGGGAGAGGUUCUCGUGGGAAAGAACUGAAAUUGCCAUUUUUUAAAAUGGGAAGGCGAAACAAGGCGUCUCGAAAAACAUCCUGCAAGGAGUGGACUUUGGCUGCUGCACAGAGCCUUUUUUAUUUAUGGUGUUUUAACCCUCCAGUGACGAGCAGGCCGUCUGCCCAAGACGAUCCUGAUGCCUUUUUUCCAACCUCUCUGGUUUCUGCAGUUGCUGAUGU